AUGGAUUUCAAUCCUCAGGCUGUCAACCUCAGCAGUGCUGAUGCUCGAGACAUCAUCUGCUUCCUCAAUGCAGGCGAGAACGAGUACAAUGGACAGCUUGGAGCACGUGUUUCGGCUCUGUUCGUCAUUCUGGUCACUUCAUCAUUAACAACUCUGUUCCCCGUCUUGGCUACUCGCGUUCGCCGCCUGCGAAUCCCCCUCUAUGUCUAUCUCUUUGCACGCUACUUCGGCGCCGGAGUCAUCAUUGCCACUGCAUUCAUCCAUCUCCUUGAUCCUGCCUAUGAAGAAAUCGGACCGGCUAGCUGCGUCGGCCUGACUGGUGGCUGGGCUGAAUACACCUGGCCUCCUGCUCUGGCCUUGACUUCAGCUAUGCUCAUCUUCCUCCUGGAUUUCUUGGCCGAGUACUAUGUCGACAGAAAGUACAAGAUGGCACAUGUCGAGGUUGAGGCCACAAUUACGUCGGACCCUACAGUUCCCCACACACAUCAGGGACUUCACUCAGCUGAUCAGGAUGGCUCCAUCUCUCCUGUCAAUCUGAAGCAAGAGGAGCACUCCCACAACCAGAGCCAUGCUUCUAGCGAUAAGUUCGCUUCCAGCGAUAAUCUCGAUGUGGAAGAGCUCAAGCACAUUGAUGGCGACACCAAAGAGGCAGCCAUGGGUUUCCAGUCCCAGAUUGCGGCUUUCUUGAUUCUUGAGUUUGGAGUCCUUUUCCACAGUAUCAUCAUUGGCCUCAACCUCGGCGUCGUCGGCGACGAGUUCAAGACCUUGUACCCCGUCAUUGUCUUCCACCAAGCUUUCGAGGGCCUGGGUAUUGGCGCCCGUCUGAGCGUCAUUCCCUUCCCCAAUCGCUUCAAAUGGAUGCCCUGGGCACUAUGCAUGGCCUAUGGACUGACAACUCCCAUCGCCCUCGCCAUUGGCCUCGGUUUACGAACAACCUACAACAGUGGCUCUUUUACCGCCAACGUUGUGUCUGGUGUUCUCGACGCUAUUUCUGCCGGUAUCCUCAUCUACACCGGUUUCGUCGAGAUGAUUGCGCGCGACUUCCUCUUCAACCCUUACCGCACGCAGGAUAAGAAGCGACUGGCGUUUAUGCUGGUUUCUCUCUACCUCGGAAUAAUCAUCAUGGCCCUGUUGGGUAAGUGGGCUUAAGGAUAUUUAGGGAACGUGAGCAAUACGGCUUAGGGAUAUUAAAAAGGUGGACAAGGAAACGAAUAAGAUACCCGGGCGGAGGAUUAGAACGUGCAUGCAUCUAAGCAUGCAAGGAUCUGUGAGAUACACAUCUACUACUUACAUAUCUGCAUGAAUCUCUUUUUGUAGAGGUGGCAUGCAUUCUCAGAGUGCUAUAGCUCUCUUGAUAAUUGUUCGUUAUCAUUUUUUGAGGACGUCGCGAAUCUAGGAUGCCUUUGACUAGAGUAAUGAAUCACAAUUUUUUUUUUCUUCGUUCC